CCCAUCAUUACUUGAUAAUCUCACACAUCUCACAUUUUUAGACCUCUCAAGUAACAAUUUUAGCGGUCAGAUCCCAUCAUCACUGGGUAAUCUCACACAUCUCACAUUUUUAGACCUCUCAAGUAAUAAUUUAAACGGUCAGAUUCCAUCAUCACUUGGAAAACAUGUACAGCUUCGUUACUUGUAUCUCUCUUCCAAUAAAUUUAUGGGUCAAGUUCCAGAUUUAGGUAGACUAGUCAAUCUUUCAUAUUUAGAUUUAUCCAAUAAUCAACUAGUAAGUCCUAUCCAUUCUCAAUUAAAUACCCUUUCAAAUCUAGGGAGUCUAAGAUUAUAUGGUAACUUGUUCAAUGGAACAAUACCAUCCUUUUUGUUUGCUCUUCCUUCUUUAUAUUAUCUUGACCUUCAUAACAAUAAUUUCAUAGGCAAUAUAAGUGAACUCCAAGACGAUUCAUUGGAAUACCUUGAUUUGAGCAAUAACCACUUGCGUGGUCCAAUCCCAAGUUCGAUUUUCAAACAAGAGAACUUGACAACCCUUAUUCUUGCGUCCAAUAGUAAUUUGACAGGUGAGAUUUCUUCUUCUAUUUGCAAGCUGAGAUUCCUUCGGGUCCUGGACUUGUCCACCAACAGCUUGAGUGGUUCUAUGCCACAAUGUUUGGGGAACUUCAGCAGCAUGCUCUCCGUAUUGCAUCUAGGCAUGAACAAUCUUCAAGGCACCAUCCCUUCAACAUUUUCAAAGGAUAAUAGCUUGGAAUAUCUCAACCUCAAUGGAAAUGAAAUAGAAGGGAAAAUAUCAUCGUCUAUCAUCAACUGCACAAUGUUGCAAGUUCUUGAUCUUGGCAACAAUAAGAUUGAGGAUACAUUUCCUUACUUUCUAGAAACGCUUCCAAAGCUCCAAAUUCUUGUCCUAAAAUCCAAUAAACUCCAAGGUUUUGGGAAGGGUCCGGCUGCAUAUAAUUCCUUCUCUAAAUUACGGAUUCUUGACAUCUCUGACAACAAUUUUAGUGGGCCAUUGCCAACUGGGUAUUUCAAUAGUCUUGAAGCAAUGAUGGCCUCGGAUCAAAUCAUGAUUUACAUGGGGACAACAAAUUACACUGGCUAUGUCUAUUCCAUAGAAAUGACAUGGAAAGGUGUAGAAAUUGAGUUUACGAAGAUCCGAAGUACUAUCAGAGUACUUGAUUUGUCAAAUAACAAUUUCACCGGAGAGAUUCCAAAAAUGAUCGGAAAGCUUAAAGCACUCCAACAGCUCAACCUCUCUCAUAAUUCCCUUACAGGUCAAAUCCAAUCAUCAUUAGGAAAUUUGACCAAUUUGGAAUCAUUAGAUCUAUCUUCAAAUUUGCUUACCGGAAGGAUUCCAACGCAGCUGGGGGGUCUAACAUUUCUUGCAAUCCUAAACCUUUCACAUAACCAGCUAGAGGGGCGUAUACCAAGUGGAGAGCAGUUCAACACCUUUACUGCAACCUCAUUUGAAGGAAACUUGGGUUUAUGUGGAUUUCAAGUACUAAAAGAAUGCUACGGUGAUGAGGCACCAUCAUUACCGCCAUCAAGCUUUGAUGAAGGAGAUGAUUCAACACUGUUUGGAGGAGGAUUUGGAUGGAAAGCUGUGACAAUGGGGUAUGGAUGCGGGUUUGUGUUUGGAGUUGCAACGGGAUACAUCGUGUUUAGAACAAGAAAACCUUCAUGGUUUUUUAGGAUGGUUGAAGAUAUAUGGAAUCUCAAGAGCAAGAAAACAAAGAAGAAUGUUGGCAGAUGUGGUGCUGGAAGAAACUAGAUAAUGCAAUUGAUAUUUUCAAUACAAACAAGAUAUCAAGUGGAUUUGACAUUUAAACAACACUAGAGUGGCAGAUUCAUGGUAUUGGAUUCCCUUUACAAACAAGAUAUCAAAUGGUUUGGGUGUUGCUUCUGCGAAAAAGAUUCCAUGUAUGUAAUAGGUCAAGCAAGCAAUAGCUUGUGUUAACUAUAAAAUCAUUUAUGUUUUAUUGAGUUAUGAACAUUUCCUUAUUCUUGAUCACUUAAUUGAGUCUCCCUUUCUGGGAGUAUUUUGAGAUUUA